UCCGAAGUGCUCGUCAGUUUUCGAAGUCGGAGCCAUGGCGACAACAGCUCAGUAUAUUCCGAGGAAUAACUCCUUACCGUCCAACCCGCUCAUGCAUCCGGAUUCGGACAGGAUGCACCAGGGGACGACCUACAGAGAGGUGCAGAAAAUGAUGCACCACGAGUACUUGCAGGGGCUCGCGGCGACCAACACGGGACACCCGAUGAGCCUGACGCACCACCAGUGGCUGCCCACCUCCAACACCGACUGGUCCACCGGCACCCACAUCGGACAGCAGGAGCACAAAGCCAGCGUGCAGGCGACCCGGGAGGACCUGAGCACCGGCUUCCACCACAGAUCUCACCUGGUGCACCAGCAGACGCAGAGUAGCCACCAUGGUUCGUGGGCGCCCGCCACGACGCACCACUUGUCCCCGCUGUCCCCAGCAUCCAACGGCCACCAGUCCCUGGUCUACUCGCAGCCUGGAUACACAAACCUCAACGCGAUGUUGAGUCCCCAGCCCGGCGCCCUGCACCAUGGCAUGCGGGACCCGCUCAUCGACGACUCGGGCAGCCACGACAACCAGAUGGAGUCGCCCCAGCAGGCGUUCAGCCACCACCAGGACCACUCGGACGAGGACGCGCCCAGCUCCGACGACCUGGAGCAGUUCGCCAAGCAGUUCAAGCAGCGGCGGAUCAAACUGGGCUUUACGCAGGCGGACGUGGGCUUGGCCUUGGGCACCCUGUAUGGAAACGUCUUUUCUCAGACCACUAUCUGCAGGUUUGAGGCGCUGCAGCUCAGCUUCAAGAACAUGUGCAAACUUAAGCCGCUGCUAAACAAGUGGCUGGAGGAGACAGACUCGAACACCGGCAGCCCCACCAAUUUGGACAAGAUUGCUGCGCAGGGCAGGAAACGAAAGAAGAGGACCUCCAUUGAAGUGGGGGUGAAAGGGGCGCUGGAGAAUCAUUUCUUAAAAUGCCCAAAGCCAUCUGCUCAUGAAAUCACCAGUUUAGCCGGCACUCUGCAGUUGGAAAAAGAGGUUGUCCGCGUUUGGUUUUGCAACAGAAGACAAAAAGAGAAAAGAAUGACACCAGUGGGGGUCCCUCACCCGAAUAUGGAGGACGUAUAUUCCCAAGCAGAGACCCCUCCUCUACACCGCACACUACAGAGUCCUGUGCAGUGACUGUUUUCAUGAACAAUCCGAGCAUCUCCGCGGGGGGAUAGAAAAGAGGAAACAAAAAAAAAAUGGGGACUAUGGAGUUUACAGUAUUUAAGUUUGGCUUUUUUUUUUGGUUUUCCAGCGAGAAAAAGAGACAUGGAAAAAGUUGAACAGAUGAGUUUUUUUAUUUUAUUUUUUAUUUUUUGUUGCCCUUAGUAUUUUGGAGAUCGUCAUGUCCGACAAAUAGAUGACAAGAGGGAAAUGUUAAGGGGAAAAAAAAUCAUGAGGUAAUAGAAAAUGAGAAAAAAAAAAUGUUCGCUAUUAUUGAUUCUGUGCGCAUUUAAACAAAGAUCUUUAUUUACCAAAAUUAUAUGGAGGUGACGAGUAAAAUUCGAUUUCCCAAUGGCUGUUCCAUGAAAUGUGUCAACUGAGGCCAUCUGUGUGAAAUGAACUCACCACAGCGACGUGGUUUCCUGAAAAAAAAACAACCAUCAACACUGGAGCUGAAAACACUGAAUGAACAACGUUUUUGCUUUUUCAGCCUCAAAACUGAUUAACCAGAUUUCUGAAUAUCGGUGUAUACUUUCUUUGUUCUAUGAAGUGUGAUGUUUUUUUAUUUUUUUGUUGUUGUUGUUGUUGUUGCUUUGGAGAUAUGUUGUUUAACCUCUUUCUGCAGAACUGUCUGUCACUUCUGUCUUGAUUUCGCUGUGACUCGUCAGAGCAGCUUCUUUAAUAUUUGUUCACUCAGCUGGUGGAGGAGCAGUGGUAGGAAUUGUGGCACCCGAACAAAAAAAAAGAAGAGAAAAGACUCAUACUUUUUAAUGUAUUUCAGAGAAAAUGUCCAAUGCACCAGGACGUCUAAGUUCUGACUGCAUGCCUUAAAAAAAUAAUAUUUAAAGCUUUGCAGCUCAUCACGUCGAAAUUUGCAAAACAAGCACCAGACGCUAAAAAAAAGGGGCAACAGGCAUUUCUUGUUUUCUUUGAGGGUUGUGUCAUUGUUUCCUUUGCAUGGAGCACUUAUUCUUCUUUUGUUAAUAUUAUUAUUAUUGCAAUUUUUAAUUUCUCUGCGUUAGUUGAUAAAAAUAGUGUGUGGAGCUUAAACACAAUAAAAGCCCAGCAUGUUUACAGGUCCCUGGCUGUCACCACAGAGCGCACACUGCUCACUGCCUCCUCAGCCCUGUUGUUUCCAGACAUUUCAACAGAGAUUGGUCACAUACGAAAUGAAAAGUAAUAAUAACUCAGGUAACUUCAGUGCCCCCACGUCGGAAAAUCACGCCUGUACAUGAUUUACGUUCCUCUGUGGUUUCUUUAUUUUUUUAAAUAUAUGUUUUAAAUCUGGUUACUACCACACCGUUUUUCCUUUGUCCCAUAUACUCAUUGUAUUAUAAUAAAACGCUGGAUUCGGAGAUAAGAAAACAACAAUAAUAAUAAUAAUAAUUCCUAAAGGGAAAGCGAUGAAGGGACGUACUUUCGAUAUAUUUAUUUUUUUCUUCUGUCCUGAAAGGAAAUCUGAAAACUCUCAUGCGUUGUGUGUCAUUUCUCAAUGUUGGACCAGUCCAAAAAGCCUACAGCAGUGCUACUCAAUACAAGAUGAGGGGAAACUUUUUUUUUUCCAAGAAAAAAUAAUAAUAAUAAUGAAAAAAAAAAGAAGAUUUUAGAGAAAAUGUUGCCAGGAUUAUUUCCAAUAUGUAAAUAUGUCCAAUAUGUAAACUUGUAUUUGUUCUGAGAUAUUGUUUUUGUUUUGUUUUGUUUCUUUCCGGGCAGUUUUGUACACUUACUAAUUCCAAGAAGAUAUUUUAAUAUGAUUUCAUUUAUGAAUCUGACCAUUUAUAUAUAUAUAUAUUUAUUUCUUAAACGUGUUUGGAGCUUUUUUGUUCAGCUCUGUUAAUGGUUAUGUUGCAGUGGACUUCAGUAUGUUCUUAUUUUCCUUUUUGUUUACUACAUUGGUUGUAUGUUGAUUGCUAAAUGUAGACUGCAAAGUCACAUUUAUAUUUAUGUUAUAGUAAUAUUUUAUUACUUACAUAAAACAUAUAUACAAGAAAUGGUCUUUUGUCUUCAUUAAGAUCCAAACCCGCUCGUCCUGCAGUGUGUUGCUGUGUGUGUGUGUUUGUGGCAGCAGCAGCAGCAGCACACACACAGGAUGAAGAUGAUGAAGAUGAUGGUGAUAAAUGGUGUUCAGUGAGCGCACCGUGUGUUCAGUGGAAAUAGCAGUGGUUCGUUAUGUAACAGGGGGUCGUUUCAAAUCAGAAGCUGUGUACAUGUGCUGUUAAGGGGAGUAGACAACAGUAUUUUACCUCAGGCUAAGUUCACACAGUCUCUGACGUUGUUCACAUCUUUGUGUAAUCGCAGUAUUAAAUUGUGCAAUAUUAA